UCCCCGCCCUUGUGUUCCCUGCCAGGCCCCGCCCCCUGUGCUGCGAUUGUGCGCGCCAUCGGUGCUAGAGUGACGCUGCGCGCGCUCCCGCGGACGGCAGGAAAGAUGGCGGCGCUCAUCCCUCUCACACAGCUUUCCGGUGGCAAUCCAUUUUAUGAAACAUAUUACAAGCAGGUGGAUCCAUCAUACAUUGGCAGAGUAGGACCAGCAGAAGCUGCUCUCUUCCUCAAAAAAUCUGCUCUCUCAGACAUUAUCCUUGGGAAGAUAUGGGACCUGGCUGAUCCAGAGGGAAAAGGUUACUUGGAUAAACAUGGAUUUUAUGUAGCACUGAGGCUGGUAGCUUGCGCUCAGAGCGGACAUGAAGUCAGUCUAUCAAGUUUAAAUGUUCCAGUACCAGCACCCAAAUUUCAUGACACUAGCAGUCCUCUGUUAAUCACUCCACCCCCUGUUGAGGGACAUUGGGGUGUUCGGAUAGAAGAGAAAUCCAAAUUUGAUGGUAUUUUUGACAGUCUGGUGCCAGUGAAUGGCUUGCUUUCUGGAGACAAGGUGAAACCUGUACUUAUGAACUCCAAGCUACCUCUGGAUGUCUUAGGAAGGGUGUGGGAGCUCAGUGAUAUUGACAAGGAUGGACACUUGGACAGAGAUGAAUUUGCUGUAGCAAUGCAUCUUGUAUACAGGGCCUUGGAGAAGGAACCAGUCCCUUCAGUGUUACCUCCAUCUCUCAUCCCGCCGAACAAGAGGAAGAAGACUCCAACAUUCCCAGGGGCAGUUUCAGUUCUUCCCUCCAGCCCACCACCUAAAGAUAGUCUACGGUCCACCCCAUCUCAUGGCAGUAUGAGCAGUUUAAACAGUGCUGGCAGCCUUUCACCUAAGCAUUCCUCCAAACCAGCCCAGCCUGCUGUAAACUGGGUGGUCCCAUUGACAGACAAAAUGCGUUUUGAUGACAUCUUUCUGCAGACAGAUCUGGACAUGGAUGGAUUUGUGAGUGGGCUGGAAGUGAAGGAUAUAUUUAUGCAGUCUGGUCUGUCUCAGAAUAUCUUAGCACACAUAUGGGCUCUUGCCGACACAAGGCAAACAGGCAAACUGAACAAGGACCAAUUUGCUCUAGCAAUGUAUUUUAUACAACUGAAGGUCAGCAAAGGGAUUGAUCCCCCACAGGUAUUAUCACCUGACAUGAUCCCACCGAGUGAAAGGAACACCCCUAUACAGACCCUGUCUGGUUACAUGACCCCCAUAGGAAACGAGAUGGCAAGCUUAACAGACAUGCGCCGAGACAGUUCCAGUUCUGUUGGCUCAGGUGAAUUUACUGGUGUGAAAGAACUGGAUGAGAUCAGUCAGGAAAUAGCCCAGUUGCAAAGAGAAAAAUAUGCUCUGGAGCAAGACAUUCGAGAAAAGGAAGAAGCCAUUAGACAAAAGAGCACAGAAGUUCAGGACCUGCAAAAUGAUUUAGACCGGGAGACCUCCACCCUUCAAGAACUGGAAGCACAAAAGCAAGACGCCCAGGACAGGCUGGAUGAAAUGGACCAACAAAAAGCAAAAUUGAAGGAUAUGUUAAAUGACGUCCGACAAAAGUGCCAAGAGGAAGGGCAAAUGAUUUCCUCACUGAAGAUCCAAAUCCAGUCCCAAGAGUCAGAUGUUAAAGCACAGGAAGAAGAACUUAACAGAGCAAAAUCGGAACUAAACCGACUCCAGCAGGAGGAGACUCAGUUGGAACAAAGUAUUCAGGCAGGCAGGGUUCAGUUAGAAACAAUAAUAAAGUCAUUGAAAUCCACGCAGGAAGAAAUAAAUCAGGCUCGAAGUAAAUUAUCGCAACUGCAGGAGAGCCAGCAAGAACUAAAUCAAAAUAGUGAUCAAUAUAAUGAUGCUUUGAAUGGAGACCAUGGAAGCAGCAUGAACAACCUGUCUGACACAGAGUCAUUUUCCUCGAGAGAGAGAACUGACCAUUCUUCAACAAUUGAGGACCCAUUCAAAAACAAGUCCCAUCUGUUCAGCAAUAACAACCAAGACAUUUAUUCAGACCCAUUCCAGACAGAAGACCCCUUCACAUCUGAUCCCUUUAAGGGAGCAGACCCUUUUAAAAGCAACCCCUUUGGAGAUGACCCAUUUAAGGAGAGUGAUCCUUUUCAUGCCCCAACAUCAGAGGACCCAUUCCAGAAGCCAGCUAAAGGAGACCCAUUUUCUGCUGACCCCUUCACUAAGAACAGUGUCCAUUCGAUGACCCUACCCCUAAAGUCUGAUCCAUUUGAGAGCAGCGAUCCUUUCAUCUCUUCCACACUGCCAAAGAAAAAAACAGAUCCAUUUGGGACUCUGGACCCAUUUGGGAGCAGCGCAUUCAGCAGCAAUGAAAGUUUUGCCGAUUUUAGUCACAUGUCCAAGCAGCACCAAGCACCAGAUCCCUUUUCUGCUACCUUCCCUGGUACUGGAUUUUCUGACGACCCCUUCAAAAGCAAACACGACACUCCAGCAUUGCCUCCUAAGAGGAGUGUACCCCCAAGGCCAAAACCCCCAAGUGGCAAAAGCACUCCAGUAAGUCAGCUCAGCACAUCCCACUUCCAGAAGUCUCAUGAUCCAUUUCAGCCAUUUGGUACUGAACCCGGGGAUCCGUUCCAGAGCAGAAAGUCCUUCACAGACCCUUUUAGUGGCAAGGACCCGUUUGCCACAUCACAGUCGGGAAAGCACUCUAAGGGAACAUCUGCUGGGUUUGCAAACUUUGGCUCUUACUAAAUGAGAAAAUGAAACCAUUUUCACUUUAGCACUUCCUGAUCCCACAGAGCACAUGAAGAGCUGAUAAGAAUAAUAACUUGUCCACUAAGAAGCCCUUUUAUAACGAGCUGCUCAAAGGCUGCUGCAAAGAGAAGGGAAGGGUUUGUUUUUUGAAGUAGAUAGGGAGCUCUGUGGGGGUUAGGAUGGUCGGUGAAAAAAAACAACUAUUAAAUCAGUAAAAUAGGGAUUUUUUUUUAAAACAUAAUCCUAUUUGUUGCGCUGAUUUAUAGCAACAGUGUUUUUAGGUGAACACUGUCUUUUUUUUUUCCAGUGUUGUGUCCAGUAGUACAGCACAGUGCCUCUGUUUUAUCUGUUAUUACUUUCCACCACUCAAAAGUAAAAGGGGCAUGAUGUGUCAGCUUGGGUACCGUGCGUUCUAUAGAAGUUUUACAAAAACUUGAUUUUCCUAAUAUUGGCCUUUGUCAGCUAAUGUGUUGGCCAUCACAGGUUUACAAUUAAAAAUUCAAAUGAGACUGUUUAAAAGCUAAAAUGAUUUAACAUGGAACUCAGUGGGUCAUCCAGUGAGAUUAUUAGGGUGUGCAUAAUGUUCUGUGUAGCCACCCGAAGGAAACCAAUUAGCCUUCUAGAACCCCAAUAGAACUGUGUGCUGCAAAGUGAAGGAGAAUAGCCAAAAGGCUUUUCUAAAUAUGGCACAAAGAGCACUUUAUUUAAGACCUCUGAAAUUUGGAAACAAGCAGCUAGGAUUACGAUGGGGUGCUGUUAUAGUAGGCAAUGUAAUGUUUCGUUCAUAGACUCAGAAGAAUGCAGCCUUAGGCUAUAAAAGAAAAUAUCAGUAUUGUUUUUAUUUAUAAGCCAUUGUUAUGCGUGUGUGCUUUAUAUGUUAAUAUUAUUAAAAAUUGAGACUUAGCUAUUUAAGCAAACUUAUUGAAUAUGCAUUUUAAUGUAAGUUUGCUUCAAUAAAGCUGUCACAAUGAAAAAAGUAAAUGUGAAUGUUCUUUUUAAAUUGCUUUGUGUCCACCCCCCCUUUUUAUACAUCUAUAGUAAAUAUCUAUCAGAUUCCUUAUCCCAUCCCCACAACAAGUCCAGUAUACCAUCUUUCUUGCAGUCUUCUUUUGUUCCCUUGUAUUUUGCUGUUCCCUCUCUAUUCCAAUAUCUCUGUCACUAUUUGUAUAAUGUACUGCUGUGGGCAAGCUCAAGAGCCUGGCUGUGCUUGGUAUAAGGUCAAGUAUACACAGACCAAUUGGCCCACUUCUGACUAUGGCAGAAUUUCUGGAGAAAGUUAACGUGACAAAAUGUGGGUAACCUCAAUGGGCCAUUUUACAUUUUAGUACAUUGGAAGGGCACCAAGCAGCAUGGGUCUGUGUGCCUUAUUCUCAGCUAUAAUGUGAAUGAAUUCACAAUAGCUUGUGCUGCUAACUACCCUCUGUAAAAGUCGUAGUAAUCAUUGGGAAGCACUUUUUCCAAGAACAAUGAUUACGACACUCGGUAAACUGAGAUCACACCAUUAUAUAGCUGGUAUUUGAACCAUUUUUUAGCAUUACCUUAUUACAGUUGUAAUCUUGUUUUUUUUACAUUACAUCAGUAGAGUCCAUCCUGAUGCCUUUGCAUAUUCUAUCAGGGCUUAAAACUCGCAAGCAGGAAGCUUAAAAUGUGCACUGUCCCAUGAUACAGUAUUUUACAUAUAAUUUUCAUAGUUAGUGAAUGUUCAUUGCUGUUUUAACCCCUUUCAUAUCUGUACGGAUGACCCAUAACCUUUGGGAAAUAUACUUCUUUUUACUGUUUCCAGUUUCACUGUUAACAUGCACUGUCUGCUUUGCUAUGAUGUAUUCUGCUUAUGUGUACAGCAACAAUAACAAUGUCUGUUUUUCCAAUAAAUGAAGUACCAUGUCCAGAA